AUGGCACGCCCAAGUCGCCAGAAGCGGAGGCUUCCGUUCCUCCACCGCAAUUGGAGAGAUGGAAUCACAGCGUGGCAGACGUGGCCCUCUAGCAAGCCUCGGGCCUCCUCUCUCGGCUAUGCCGAUCUGCUAGGAGACCGGGAAGAGGAUUUGUGUGUGCGCCCGUCAAAACGACGCCGUGGCGGUGCUUUGCCCACGGGCAUCGCACAGAUUCCUAGCUUCAAGGAGUGCUCAGCCAUGUGGCUACCAGAGUACCCUACCACACGCUCCAAUGGCCUGCGUGUCCAGGUGUUCAACAUGUUCCAUGCGGACACACCACGGGUGCGCUUCAACACCAUGGCAAACUUGCCACCGGCCGACAUCGCCACCUUCAGCGUCCGCUGCAAAAUCACGAUUAUGAGUGAGAAGUGCGGCAUGCCUCUGCUUCUGUUCUGUGAUGCGCAGAUAGGGACGGUACAGGCAUACAGGCCCGCUGAUGGGCCGUGUGGUCUGGCACGCUUCUCGCUGGAGCCAUUGACAAUCCCAUUGGAAAAGAUUGCCAUCCUGCGCGAGGAAAGCCGCGUGUUUGGGCUUGCCGAGAAGUACAAGAUGCGUAUCGAGAUCGAAUCUACGGGAAACGACACGUGGCCACCUCUGGACCUUCUCACUUUCAUCGGCACUGUCCCAGAUAGCAGCGAUAGCCAUCGUCGUCAGCACCAUCAUCGGCAUCCCCUGACUAGCCACCAUGCUAAGCAGGCCGAUGACUGCGUGCUGUACGCCGAAUCCAACGACUUUUUUGGACGACCAAGAAUGCGCAUUCCCCUGUGGCUGAGGGAGAGCCCGCUCCAUGACCCGAUCUGCACCAAGUUUGUGAUGGAUUUGGAUGUCCGCUGGAGCACGGGAUUUUUAGAACAGCCGCGCAGCUUGCUGGAAAAGGGCGUUCUGCCGACUAUUGUGGCUAUGCAUCCAGACGAGCCGAUCCCACGUCCUGCGUUGGGAAAAGCCAGCAGUCUUUCGAGGGAGGCCUUGGCGAAACGUUAUCUGGAGAACGGCAUUUUAGCCAACAAACAUGCCAACGGUACAAACCAUCUUAUGAAUGGCCAUAUAAAUGGCCGCGCAAACGGUCAUGCAAACGGACGUUUAGGCGGCUCCAUUAACGGCUCUCAGAGUCGUGCCGGCGGGCGCAGUGUAACUCCCUCUGUGAAUGGCGUGGACAGUGCAGUCGAGGACGACGAGGAUGACGAAGGCGACGUGGCUGAAGGGGAGCUUGCUGCAGGCCGCUCUCUGCGAAGACGACGAGGACAUCCGGACUAUAACCUUCGAACUAUGACCAACAAGGUCCAUGGCAAGGUACCGCGAUCGCCCCGAAAAUUGCGGAGCUCUGUGCUGGAGUUUAAUGGUCGUUUUAACGGCAGCCUUCACGGCCGAUUUUCCAACAUGGACGCUGUCGGCAACAAGGUCACGUACAUUUUACCGCCAGAGCAGUUGACCGUGGACGGGUUUGUCUGCUGCAUUUGCCUCGCCUGGAACCCAGACAUCAACCAAUUGCGAGCUCACCUCAAAUGCCAUUUUCACUAUCACUUUGAUUACGAAACGCUUCCAGGCAGUCGCGGUGGCCAUACUGUCUACGUUUCGCAUUAUCCGGACGAGAGCACAAUUUCCCUCCGGCCAAAAAUCUACCAGCUGGGUCGGCCGACAAAACCGCUCGAUUUGGACUCAUUUCUUGCUGGCGAUGAGUCUUGGGUGACCUCGCGCUUUGGGCCACAGCACGACAAUAGUGGGGUCGCUCCUGUGACCUGCGAUGCACGGUCCAAGCAGCCGCUCCAGGUCAAGGACAUCAACCUCGUUGUCCCGCAUAUCAAGCAGCCUCUUUACCACCCUCUGAGCAAGGUCCUUCUCCAGCCGGGGGACAAGAUUCGGCCGGUUGCUGUAGACGAUAGCUGGCUCGUUCAUAAGCAUCGCGAGGUCGUGCAAGACUACUCUGACCUGUCUAGUGCCGAAAAGGAGUUUAUCCAGGAGUGGGACAAAUUCGUCAUAUCUCGACGUGUCUCCUCCGACGCGUAUAUUCCCCGGACUAUGCUCGAGUUUAUUGAGGAGAAGGGACUGUGGCUAGUGGCUGACCAUGCUCGCACGAUUGAGUUUGGAAAACACAUGGCUGUGAUGGUGGCGAGAAGCCUCUUGUCGAACGAGGACAUCCAGGCAAUCACAUCCUGCCUCAAUAUCGCUAGGAAGCGCGCAAAGGAAACGCCAAGCCUCACGGCAGCCGCUGAAGCCAGUGCCGUUCCUAAAACAGGGCCGCAUAGGAGCAAGAGCGGCUGUUCCGUAUGUGGAUUGCCAGUGUUGGGCCCGUUCAUGCUCAUCUGCUCCAACAAGGUAUAA